UGCGUAUCAAUAAUUAUGGAUAACGUACUGGAUGAUGCGCGAUUUGCACAUGUUGCAAAAGAUCCGAGAUUCAGACGCAUUCCUAAAACUGAGCGAAAAGUAAAAAUUGACAAGAGAUUUCGGCCUAUGUUUAAUGACAAAAAGUUUCUUCUGAAGUAUACUAUUGAUAAAAGAGGAAGACCGAGUAAUCAGUCGUCGAAUGAAAAUUUAAAAAAGUAUUACCAUUUGUCAAGCAAUGAGGACGAAGAGUCAGGUAGUGAUGAGAAUGUCAAAUCAACUAAUAUUGAAAACAACGUACGAAAAGAUGUAAAGGCUAAAAGUGUUACCGGCAUGAACGGAGAUAGAUUGGAUCAUUUACAAAAUCUGUCUGACCGAAAAUCAAAAAGCAAGAUAAAACGCACUACCAAAGUAGCCCAUUUGUUGGGAAAUGGAGAACUGCUGCGUACUAAAACCCAAUCUGACAGUGACUUAGUAUCAGAAUCCGAAAAUGAUGAAAAUGAAUAUUCUAAAUCUGAGGAUGAAUUGGAAUCAAUUUCUAAAGUUACUAUGGAUUUUGAGAACGGCGCAGAUCCAUUGCAAAUUAACAAGUCUGACACGGGAAGUAUACCGACUAUGAUAAAAGAAAAAUUAAGAGACUUAACAGUAGAUUAUGCUAGAGGAGAAGGCACUUUACUAACGGAAAGUUCAUCCGAGGAAGAAAGCUCAGAUGAAGACGAUCAAGAAAAUGAAAUAGAUCAUGAUUGGGGUGAGCUAGAUAGAGAAGCUGAAACAACAGAUGAAAUAACGAAUAGAUUGGCUGUUUGUAACAUGGACUGGGACAGGAUUCGUGCUGUUGAUUUAUUGGUUCUGUUUAACUCAUUUUUGCCAAGCAAUGGUCUUAUUCAUUCUGUUACGAUUUACCCGUCAGAGUUUGGUUUACAACGGAUGAAAGAGGAGGAAAUAAGAGGCCCGAUUGAACUGGUCGAAUCAAAGAAUAACACUCAGAAUUUCAAGGAAGAUGAUGAGAACGAGGAAGGGACAAAAUACCACAUGGAAAAAUUAAGGCAGUAUCAAUUGAAUCGAUUAAAGUAUUAUUAUGCAGUAAUAGUUUGCGACUCACCCCAAACAGCCAAUAAAAUUUAUACAGAAUGCGACGGGAUCGAAUAUGAAUCUACAGCAACGAAAUUGGAUUUGAGGUUCAUACCGGAUGAUACAACUUUUGAUCAAGAGCCUAAAGAAGUCUGUGAUAAAGUACCAGAAUUGUCGAAGUAUCAGCCAAGGCAGUUCGUUACUACUGCAUUGCAACAAGUUAAAGUAGAAUUGACUUGGGACGAGACAAAUCCUCACAGACAAGAAAUUGCAGAAAAACUUAACUGUGGAAAAGUUGACGACAUUGAUCCCAGUGAUAUCCGAGCAUAUUUAGGAAGUGGUUCUAGCAGUGAAGAUGACUCCGAUGAAAAUGAAUCGAAAAAUAACUCUGAUGAAAGAGACCUAGAAUCUGACAAUGAUGCAGAUCCAAUAGCAAAGUACAAAUCACUUUUACAUGGGAUCGAAGAGCAGCAAGAGAAAAAUAAAAAUAAAGGUAUCGAAAUGGAAAUUACAUGGGGAUUAGGAAGCAAGGCCAAAUCUGAAAAACUCGUUGCUGAAAAAAUGAAGAAAAAGGAAGAAUUAACGCCAUUUGAACAAUACCUUGAAAAACGUAAAGCAAAGAAAAAAUCAAAAAUGGCCGAAAGAAAAAAACUGAGAGAGAGCAAUGAGAAUGCAUCGGAUAGUGAUAACAGUGAGGAUAGUGUGCCUUCGGAUAUUGACAUGGAUGACCCAUAUUUUGCUGAAGAAUUCAAAAAUAUGAAACCAAAAUUGAAAAAAUCUUCGAAAAAUCAGAUUGUCAAUGAUAUAAAUGAUGUUGACAAAAAGCAACAGGAGGCUGAGCUAGAAUUAUUGCUGAUGGAUAAAACUGAGGAUGCAGGACGAAAGCAUUUUGAUAUGAAGAAAAUUGAAGAUAACGAAUCUUUGUCAAAAUCUAAAAGAAAGCGCCAGAAAAAGAUGAAUAAGUAUUCAAAUAAAGAUGAAACAGUUGAUGAUUUUAAAGUCAAUGUUUGUGAUCAGCGAUUUGAAGCUCUAUACUCAUCUCACCAUUAUAAUAUCGAUCCUGCUGAUCCACGGUACAGAAAAACCAAAGGAACAGAAGCCUUGAUAGAAGAAAAAUUGAAAAGGCGAACUGAUGGCAAAUUAGAUCAGGAUCCCGAAAAGAAGAUUAAAACCGACAAGAAGUUGAAUGCAGAGUUGAAUGCGUUAGUAAAAUCAGUAAAAAGAAAAUCUCAAAAUAUUUCACAAAGAAUAAAAUAUUAACGUGUCUACAUUUCUAAUUAGGAUAUAUCUGCAACUUGUACAUACAUACAUACAUACGGUAUUUAUAAUGGCAUGGAAGAUCGAGUGUGCAUGCGUUGACACAUGUACAGAUUUUCCAUUAGUAAACGGAGCCCAGUGCGCACUACGAAACGUUGCCAACCUAUUUGACGAUUGGUUUCCAACCUUUUUGUGACGCCCGUCAUGCUGUUGACGAGCUAUGGACAUCCAUCCUUGGGAACUUUGGGUUGGCAGCAGUUCGUGGCGCACUCUAUCUAUCCUAUUCACCAUAAAUUCAUCGUAUAACAGUAUAAAAUAUUAAAAACUUCUUGACUCUUAAUUUGUUCAAAAUAUUAAUUUUUUUUCUUGCAAUAAACAAAGAAUACAACUGACAUACUUAGCGAAAAAUAAAUUUGCUGGAGCAUUGCACCCCUUCCAAAAAUACCAGGAACUCGUAGAUAGUUCGUGUGCAUCAAACGCAUGCUGGUUAAUGAGCAGUUAUAAUUUUUGUUGUAAUUGCAUUAUUCUGUUAUAUUGAGGUGCAAAUUGUAUACAAGUAUAGAUGAUGAAUAAUCAUGAAUGAUAAAUCUAAUAUUUGAAAAAGUGUAUACAGUUUUUGGAAAAUUCAUAACUAUACAAUUUAUUAAAAUUAUUUCUCACAUUUAAGUUUCUAAUAAGCGAUAAGUUUCAGCGUAAAAGUUGUGUUAUAACCAUUGUAUCAAUAUCUCUUAUUGAAAUUGAAGAUAUCUGUUCAAAUUCAUAGCCAAUCUUACAUAUAUAUAUCUAUGAUUCCCUGAAUAUAAAAAGUACGAUUUACACACAAUAAAAUAAGAGUAUGAAUAGAAUAAUUUCUUGAAAAUAUAUACCACUAUCCUUACUUUUCGUCCGGGAUACACCUCAGUUUCGGUUUUUUACAUAUUUAUAAUAAGGCAGCAGCCCUUUAUUCCACACUUGGAAUUGCGGUUAAAAUGAAUUUUCUACAUGCCUCCUUCAUUUGGAUUUAUGGGGGAAUAUUUACACUGGACCUGAAGCAUCGAUAGGUUGGAUGAAAAUGUAGACAGAAACCGAAAACUUCAUUGUAUUUGUGGGUGAUUAUAGAUGAAAAAUUCGUUUAAAUUAAAACCCUAGCUGACCCUGUUUUGAAAA